GGUGAUAAUCAAGAGAAUAUUCGAUCCAUUAAUAAUAAUAGAAAUUCCAAUCAAAAGAGCGCAAAGGAAAAACUGUCACUUGAGGAGGAGGAGAUGCUAAUAUUAGAAGUCCAAUGCAGAGAACCACUAUGGAAUUUUAGAUUACCUCUCAUUCAAAGAAAUUGCAGAAUUACAAGAGCUUUGUGGGAAGAAGUUUCUCAAACUUUUAAUGGGAAAUUAAGCGCAGCUGGAUGUAAAAGCAAGUUCAAGAAUUUUCACGACACUUAUAGGAGACUUGUGAACGCUGAGAAACUACCAAGUGGAUCUGCUUCCAAAAGCAACAUGAGCAAAUGGAAACAUUAUAAAAGUAUGGAAUUCCUUCGAGAUAGUUGCUUACAGAAAAGUACGAUUUCUAAUAUUAACGAUGGAGACAGCAACAGUAUUAUCGAGAAUGAUAAUGAAUUAGAUUGCCAAGAUGCGAAUAUGUUAGAAGUUACUAAUAAUGAAGAUAGUCAAGAUACGAGUAUAUCAGACAGAGAUCAAGAUCAUGUAAGAAAGAGAAGGCGAGCAGAGUCACAAAACAGCUACUUAGAACGUAUAGCAGACGCUUUAUGCCAACCACUCCUGACAUUGUUCUUCCACCACUCCCUCAAGAAGACCAUAUAG